AUCCUUCCCGAGCAAGCAACCUCCCCAACGCAAUCUUUUAGAUUGUUUCAUUCAUCACCGGACGCUCACUGCCCAAGUUCUUGUUUGGGUUUUGAUAGAAGGUCUCUCUGAGCAUGAUACAACUUGCCUUCCGGACAGUCGUUUGCGGUGGAUGAGAAAGAUCGGAGGAUCUUGCAUAGAAGGACAGAACACCAUGGAACCCGAUUUGGAUUUCAAGGAGGAAACUCCAGGACCAAUAGCGGAUCUUCAAACAGAGGGUUCCGAGUCGCAACGUCGAGUUCCCAAACAAGAAGAAGCAGCACAAUCAAUACCACCAGUGGCCGAUCCGAACCGGAAAGCCCAAGAAGCACCAAGAACUACCUCGAAGCGUAGAUCAAAGCCACACGCACCUUCUGGCGAGGCUAGACGUACUCAGGACGGGAAUUCAGAAAGCUCCAGCGGUGCGCCGCAAACAAUGCAGGCAGCAAACAAGGCCUCCCCCACUGCAGAUAGAGUACAGAACAGCGUUGACAGAGAGUCACAUUUCGAACCAAAAGACCCCCGACGGGCCUUGACAAACCCUACGAAAGGAAAUGAUCACACCCCGACCUUCCAUACCGAUCGUCACUUUAAACAACAAUAUGAAAAGCUCGAACAACAUUGCCAACACCUGGAGUCAGAGCGAAAGGAACUCCUUCGUCUUGUAGACUCCCUGAAGGUCAACUUGGGAGAAUCGGAGGCUCAGAGGGAAAGUCUACAACAACGACUUGAAGAAGCAUCAAAUACAAUCUUUCGGCAUCGACCACCAAGAGAAGAGUAUACAGAGGAUGAAAUUGAAGAAGACUAUGAGAGGCUGAUCAAGGCGAUUAAGAAUUGGGUUAGCGUCAACUGCGAAGCCUUUCUGGACGAUGACUUACAUGGAUAUGGAGCACUUCUCCGCCAUAGGCCACAACAAAGCGACCACCUUGAACCUUACGAAGGGAUAAUAGCGAAUUUCCACUCUCAAUUCUCGCAAUGGACUGAACCGAAAGAACAUGUCCUGGUGGCAGUCGUAAUGCGGUAUGUUUAUGAACGGAUUUUGACACAAGGCUUCUCUGUACUCCUAACUCCCGAUGAACGGAGUACUCUUGCCAGUAUUGAGAAGGGAUUGCAUGAUCCGAGACUUGAAAAGGAUUUGCCCACCGUUCGAGCCUGGAGGAAUGACACUAUAACAGCGGUUGACAGUCACGCAAGCUUUACAAAACGUGCCACUUCCAUCGAAAGAGAGCUGACUUCAGAUCUUCGCAAUUGUCUUCGUGGAGCGCUGAGUGGCGAAAAUGAAAAUUCAAUAAAGUGGUCAUUGUGCAAGGAGGUGAUCGUGCCCGCAAUGGGGCUUGCCCACAAAACUCAAUCUGCAUCGAGUAUAUGGGAAUUCGGCUAUUCUGACUACCUUGCUUCCAAACCAGGCGAAUUCGGAUCGAGGCUGCCAAACUUCCUCCCAAAUAUUCGGCAUUUCCGAUGCAUCAACCUGUCAAAACGAGGCAAACUCUUGAAGCCAGACACUGAUCUGACUACCAGAAAAGAACAAGAAAGCUUGUGUUACAUGUUGGAUAUCUUUCCUGGUCUGUAUUGCCAACGAGUGGCAGCCGGGAGUUCUCCGUUGUCUUCAACUAUCAGUCAACCCAUUCUCCUCGUCGCUUUUGCAACGGAAGGCGGUCUUGAUCGUACGCAACAGAGUCACUCAGCACCUUUGAACCCUGAAACAUCACCCCAGAAUCGAAACGCAUCAGCCACCCGUCCGGUUUCGACUGGUCGUAGCAGUGGUUUUAUCCACUCACUGAAGAAUUAUGUCGGUCUCAAGCAGCAAAAUUCUUAGAACGGAAGUCUUUCUUUAGUGAAAAAUGUUGAGCUCAAACUCAAUAACUUUGAGGCGGACAAAGAGAUGGAUUCGGAUGGCAGAAGAUUGGCCUUACGUUUGCACUGGGAGGAUUCGUUUGCUCAAUUACCGCAAUCACCUUGUCGUCCCAGAGCGUGCUAAAGAUAACGCUUGAUGUAGACGAUAAUCGUGUCUAGUCAACUGGCACAAGACACAGCAGGAACUACCCUCGACCAUCGUGCCUAAAGUUGAAUGAAAGGAAGACUACUGUUCAAUCCUUCGCCAAGAACCUCGGUGAGGAUCUUUUGGUAGGCUGCAGCAUAGUGGGGUAGCUGUUCGGGCCGCCACCCCCUGAUUUGGGGGCUAGUUUCCAGCCCCAGCGGCCCAACAGCUUGUCAAACGGCAG